AUGGUGUUGGACGAGGAGCCCAUACUGGUGGAGCAGACAGAGGUCGAUGAAGGGAAGAGCGAGGAACUCAUGGAUGUAGACCCGCUCGUCAAGUCGGAGACGGGUGAUGUGAUGAGUGGCGGCGACUCGUCAGCGGCGGUGUGUUCAGAGGGCAGCGCCGCCCGCGCCAGGGAACAGCUCGCGAUGGCUUGUUCCGUGGUGCUCGAGCGCCUCCGCGGCGACGAGACUGUUCACGGUGGAGGCAAACCAUACCGCUGCGAACACUGUGGCAAGCAUUUCAUGAACAAGUCUGUUUUACGAGAACACAUUCAAGACACCCACUCAUUGACCGGACAGAAACCAUUUGCUUGUGAUUUUUGUAGUUCUACGUUUUGCACAGAAUCGCUUGUAACAGAACACGAGAAAAGCGAACAUGGUGUAACAAAUUUCAUGUGUGCUGAGUGUGAGUAUACAACGAGUUCCAAGAAAAGUUUGGAGACUCAUUUAAAGAGUCAUUCUUUGGGGAAUAAUUUUAAUUGUAGUCACUGUAGUUACACAAGUUCGUGUAAAAGUGAUUUAUACAAACACCAAAUAUUACACGCGGGAAAUCCUUUUAAAUGUAGCGACUGUGAUUUCAAAUGCAAUGUUGAAUCAAACCUGCGACGUCACCAGAAGACGCACAACCGGAGGCACCAGAGAAUACUCACUGAAAAACAGCCUUAUAAAUGUUGUCAUUGCGACUACAAGUGCAAAGAUAUGUCAGACUUACGAAAACACGAAAGGACUCAUACUGGCGAGAAGCCUUUUCAAUGUAGCCACUGUGAUUACAAAUGCAGCUGGAAGUCAAACUUACUAGUUCACCAAAGAACACACACUGGAGAGAAGCCGUACAAAUGUAGUCAUUGCGACUACAAGUGUAAGUCUAGCUCAGACUUACGAAGACAUGACAGGACACAUACUGGGGCGAAGCCAUUGCAAUGUAGCAACUGUGAUUAUAAAUGCGCUCAGAAAGAAAGCUUAAAAAUUCACCAGAGGAUACACACUGGAGAAAAGCCUUAUAAAUGUAGUCAUUGCGACUACAAGUGUAGUGUUAGUUCUAAUUUACGAGAUCAUGAAAGGACACACACUGGCGAGAAGCCUUUUCAGUGUAGCCACUGUGAUUACAAAUGCAGGCUGAAAUCAUAUUUAAAAAGACACCAGAUGACACAUACUGGAGAACAGCCGUACAAAUGCAGACAUUGUGACUACAAGUGCAGUCAUAGUUCAACCUUACGAUACCACGAAAUGUCACAUACUAGCGAGAAGCCUUUUCAGUGUAGCCACUGUAAUUAUAAAUGCAGGAUUAUAUCACAUUUGAAAACACACCAGAUGACACAUACUGGCGAGAAGCCUUUUCAGUGUAGCCAAUGUAAUUAUAAAUGCAUUCGGAAAUCACAUUUAAAAAUACACCAGAUGACACACACUGGCGAGAAGCCUUUUCAGUGUAGCCAAUGUAACUAUAAAUGCAGCUUGAAAUCACAUUUAAAAAUCCACCAGAUGUCACACACUGACGAGAAGCCUUUUCAGUGUAGCCACUGUAAUUAUAAAUGCAGGAGUAUAUCACAUUUGAAAACACACCAGAUGACACAUACUGGCGAGAAGCCUUUUCAGUGUAGCCAAUGUAAUUAUAAAUGCAUUCGGAAAUCACAUUUAAAAAUACACCAGAUGACACACACUGGCGAGAAGCCUUUUCAGUGUAGCCAAUGUAACUAUAAAUGCAGCUUGAAAUCACAUUUAAAAAUCCACCAGAUGUCACACACUGACGAGAAGCCUUUUCAGUGUAGCCACUGUAAUUAUAAAUGCAGGCUGAAAUCACAUUUAAAAAUACACCAGAUAACACAUACUGGAGAACAGCCUUACAAAUGCAGACAUUGUGACUACAAGUGCAGUCAUAGUUCAACCUUACGAUACCACGAAAUGACACAUACUGGCGAGAAGCCUUUUCAGUGUAGCCACUGUAAUUAUAAAUGCAGACUGAAAUCAAAUUUAAAAAUUCACCAGAGGACACACACACUGUAGAACAGCCUUACAAAUGCAGACAUUGUGACUACAAGUGCAGUCAGAGUUCAAACUUACGAUACCACGAAAUGUCACAUACUGGCGAGAAGCCUUUUCACUGUAGCCACUGUAAUUAUAAAUGCAGUCAAAAGUCACGUUUAAAAAUACACGAGAGGACACACACUAGAGAAAAGUCUUUCAAAUAUAGGUAGGUAGUCAUUGUGAUAAAUCAACCCAGCGAUGUCACCAGAAGACGCUUGGGACGAAGGUUAAAACGUAGCAACAGCGAGUACAAGAGCGACCUGCAGUACAACAGCACCUGCUAAGACGCCGGGUGAUACACACGGGAGAGAAACCUUAUAGGGAACGUUCGGGUUGGAGGGUAUGCCACAUUUUGACCUAAAUUUAUUUAUUUAAUUAGUU